AUGCCGCACGAACGUGUCCCCCGCGAGCCGGAAGCAUCAUCGCCGCUGGACCCAGGGGAGGUCCGCCGCCGUCGUCGACUGGGAAUGUUCUCCAGGCGUCUCGCAGUCCACCGCGUGGAUAUUUGGACUGCCGGGAACACGGAGUCGUCCUCGUCGUCAACCAGCUCCCCUCUUCCUAUGAACAACCAAGCUGAUCUUAACCCGGCACAGAGCACUAAGCAUUUCCCAGAAAGACGCAGAGAUCCGGCGGCUCAUCAGGCACGAAACCCUACGGCGAGGAACUCCCAGACAGUGACAUCCUCCUCGGAACCCUCACGGCAGAGUUCCUCUCACGAAUACGGCGACGGUCUCCCUUGUACAGUGCACCCGCUGGAUUCUACGCCGUUUCAGCGCUCACGAAGUCUGCGACAGUGUAACCAGCGCCUGAGUCGCGUGCGCGGAAACUCCGUUCUCCUCGACACUACAGAAGCGAACGUCGUGAACAGCGCUCUGGAAUACGUUGAGCGACCGCUUCCUCCGCUUCCGAGGUCGUCUCCGCACCCUUCCACCGAGGACGACGAGGAGAACUGGCGUUCAACCAAAGAGGAGCAAGAGGUUCUCGAAGAGGUUGCGAGGCUCUUGUAG